AUGGUAGCCAAGUCGGAGGCCGCAUGGAGGAGCCAUCAGUCGGUUGGAUGUUUGCACGAACGCCCCUUGCGAAUCCAACAUGGGGUGGGUGGCUCAGAUUCAAGGGAGCAACGAAGAAGAAGUGGAAAAAAAAGAGCCGCACGCCCUCACCUCUUCGCAGCUCCUCCUUAUGGCAGCCAUGGUGAGAAAAGAAAAACGCCACAGCGGGAUGGAUUUAGCCCCGGCAAUCAUCAGCCGCAUGAGAUGAGUUGGGGAGAUUUCGCUGACGGUGAGCCGAUCGGCCUGGGCCCCUUGGUGGCCAGACGGCGGCAGUUCUAUUCAGAGAGAGCCGAGGAGUACGGAUGA